AUGGGAAGAAAGCCAUCGGCUGCACGCCCGGGGAACCCCUCGUUCGCUGAUACCACCUCUUCCUUGCCUAGACGAACUUCUGCGAGAUUGGCUAGAACCUCCUCACUAUGUACCUCCGGGAAACCAAACAAUCCAGAAAAUGCAGAUGGUACCAGUGAGCCGUUAUACACCGGGAUGACUGGGUAUUCUCAGGGAACUAAAUCGAUCUCCAUCGAAGUUGCAAUCCCGGUGAAGAAACAUCUGCCCUCGUCCCCCUCUGCUUCGUCUGUUCCAGGGGAAGAUAAUUAUGAGGAAGAUGGGACAUGUUCUUACAGUACUCCAGCGACCAGCAUCGCUGUCACUCCUGCGGAGUCAGACGUUAGUCGGCCGGGGAAGAGAGUCAGUGCCUCCACGCGUGCUCGGGAACUGCGAUCUAGUGCCAUGUCUUUACAUGCGCCACGAGGGCUCAAGAGGUCUUCUACCGCACUGUCUGCAGGCCUCGUUGGAUUUGAGGACUCUGACGCAGCUUUGGCCCGGUCUCUUCAGGCUCAGGAGUAUCAGGAACCGCCUUAUAAACUACUAAAGACCCUGAGUCGAGUCACUCAAGAAACAGAACACCCUAGCGAAGAUGACGAUGAUUCUGAUGACAAUCAGAAUCGGCUUGAUGACUGGGUCCCUUCUCGCGGGGUCAGAAGGUCUCUUCGGUCAGCUAACAAGGGUAGCCUCCGCCAGCUAUCAGUCAGCGAUGUGCGUGAUAGCGAUCAAGAAGAUGACUACCAAAGUGACACUGGUUCAGUUUCUUCUGCAUCUUCCUCGGAUGACGAUGAACCUUUGGUCUCACGAAGGGUCUCGAGGAUCAGUACACGCAAUUCUGGAGCCCGCAUUGUCACUCAAAGGGCCCCACGCAGAGCGGCUACCAUCGCUAUUCGUGAAAGAAGGAAGCUUGAGAAACAACAUCCAUACAUCACAAAGAUGUGGGAUGAUCUGAAAAACACCCCCCCGAUAGAGCCGGUAAUGGCAGAGCAGCCUCCAGGCAUAUCCAGGACACUCAAGUCAUUCCAGCUUGAAGGUCUGAACUGGAUGAUGCAGCAAGAAAAGUCGCAGUAUAAGGGAGGAUUAUUGGGCGACGAGAUGGGCAUGGGCAAAACUAUCCAAGCAGUUUCACUCCUUAUGUCUGAUUACCCUGUUGGUAGGCCGUCGCUUGUGGUUGUUCCUCCUGUUGCUCUGAUGCAAUGGCAAUCCGAGAUUAAGGAAUAUACAAACGGCCAGCUAAAUGUACUUAUCUAUCACAAUUCAAAUCCUAAGGUCAAAUUACUCUCAAAGGAUGACCUCCAGGAUUAUGAUGUGAUAAUGAUAUCCUAUUCUGGUCUUGAAUCGAUCCACCGCAAAGAAUGGAAGGGAUGGAACCGCCAUGAUGGGAUUGUGAAGGAAGAUAGUAUCAUCCAUUCUAUUCACUAUCAUCGCCUGAUCCUGGAUGAGGCACAUAGUAUCAAGCAACGUACAACUAGUGUCGCCCGCGCAUGCUUUGCGCUGAACGCAAACUAUAAGUGGUGCCUGUCAGGUACGCCUGUUCAGAAUCGGAUUGGAGAGUUCUUUUCUCUUCUUCGCUUUCUACAAGUCCGUCCGUUUGCCUGUUAUUUCUGCAAGCAGUGCCAGUGCCAGCAGCUCCAUUGGUCACAGGACGCAGAAAAACGAUGCACCGAGUGCAAACAUAGUGGAUUCAGCCAUGUCUCGGUCUUCAAUCAAGAGAUAUUGAACCCUAUCACCGAGAGGGACAAUGCCCAUGCGCGAAAGGAGGCGUUGUCGAAGCUACGACUCAUAACUGAUCGAAUUAUGCUGAGACGAGUGAAACGAGACCAUACGGCUUCGAUGGAACUGCCACCAAAGCGUGUUGUUCUCCAUAAUGAAUUCUUCGGAGAAAUUGAGCGUGACUUUUCACGAAGCAUUAUGACUAAUUCCGCAAGGCAGUUUGACACAUACGUGAGCCGUGGCGUCAUGUUAAACAAUUAUGCCAACAUCUUCGGCCUCAUCAUGCAAAUGCGCCAAGUUGCAAACCACCCGGAUCUGAUCUUGAAAAAGCAUGCAGAGACUGGGCAGAAUGUGCUUGUCUGCAGCAUUUGCGAUGAGCCAGCAGAAGAAGCGAUUCGCUCCCGUUGUCGCCAUGAGUUUUGUCGUAGGUGCGUCAAAGACUAUGUUAGGUCUUUCGAUGCUAGGUCAACUGUCGACUGCCCUCGAUGCCAUAUUCCUUUGUCAAUUGAUUUCGAACAACCUGACAUCGAGCAAGAAGAAGAACAGAUUAAGAAGAAUUCGAUUAUUAACCGGAUUCGGAUGGAGGACUGGACAUCGUCAACAAAGAUUGAGAUGCUUGUUUACGAGCUUUACAAGCUGAGAAGCAAGAAGCAGACAUUGAAAUCCAUUGUGUUUUCUCAGUUUACCUCGAUGCUACAGCUUGUGGAGUGGCGUUUACGUCGGGCUGGCUUCAACACUGUCAUGCUUGAUGGCACUAUGACGCCGGCGCAGCGUCAAAAGUCCAUCGAAUACUUCAUGAACAACGUGGAUGUCGAAGUAUUUUUAGUUUCUCUCAAGGCCGGCGGUGUGGCUUUGAAUCUGACCGAGGCAUCAAGGGUCUUUAUAGUUGAUCCCUGGUGGAACCCAGCUGCUGAAUGGCAGAGUGCGGACCGAUGCCAUCGAAUUGGUCAACGCCGACCUUGCGUCAUCACCCGACUGUGCAUUGAGGAUUCAGUGGAGUCUCGAAUUGUGUUGCUGCAGGAGAAGAAAGCUAAUAUGAUCAACGGUACCAUCAACAAAGAUCAAGGAGAAGCUUUGGAGAAGCUUACCCCAGAAGACAUGCAGUUCUUGUUCAGGGGUUCUUGA